AUAUUGCUAGACUGGUACCUAGUCUUGUAUCCUGUUCAAAACAUCAAUAGUGUACAAAGCGUGUAGAAUUUAGAACUCCAUGCGAUAUAUGCAUCGGUAGUACUGAGCUAUCGCCAGUCAACACGUGCAAUUCUUGGUAGGCCCUACAUGUUCUUCAUAAAAACAUCAUUUUCUUAGACUAACCUUUAGCACAGUAUGCUGUAAAGUGAACAGAAAUGCGGGGAAGUAAGCGCCGUAAACACGGAAAGGGGAGAAGGAGAAAGAGGAGAAAAAUUGACCUUCUAGCAAUCAGUCGGAAAGUGAAUGAAAGAAAGAAAAAAGUACAAACCGGAGCGAUUUCAGAGAAUCAUAGGGCACAGCUGGGAUUACAGUCAGGAUCUGCAAACCAAACUCCAGGCAUUACAGAGGAGGACUACAGUUCAGACAGUAGUGUUGAGCAAGAGCCGUCUGCCUAUGAGCAACUUCUGACAACCCUAGGCACAACGACCGAGGAACAGUACUCAGAUGAUGAAGAUGACGAAGAAGACGAUGAAGGAAGUGACGACGAUGAGGAGGAGGAAGAGGAUGAAGGAAAUGAGGAAGCAGAGAAUGAAGUUGGAGACGUAUUUCCUGAAAAAUCUGCCGAUACAGAUGUGGCAGACUUGAGCCAAUCUGUAGAGGACGAAGAUAAAGUGGAACUUCAAGAUGAUGAAGAUGAUGACGAAGAUGAAACUGCUAGUAAUGAAGGGAGCGAUGAAGGCACAGCAGAGGAAGAUGAUGCAAAGACUCAGUUGAGAGAUCCCUUUUAUAGGAGGGUAGUACAGGACAUCGGGGAAGGUGUUGCUAGUCAGUUGGCCAAGGGAGAGGUGAUACACAAACUACAGACAAAGUGGAACACCUUAGGCAGACUUGUCUUUUCUUCCACGUCUGCCAAAAAGCCAGUCAGCCUCAAGAUCCCAGAUCAUGUGACAUUCAAAGAAUUGAAUAUCAAGAAGAGGAUAUCUGGCCAAUGGGAAGUCAACAAUAAACAGUUUGUCCCGUCAGGGUCUCAGGACCUGUUCUCUCCACUGCAACUGGAGCUCUUCACAAUCAUGAACUCUUACCAGGACUUGCUGUACACAGAGAGAACACACAAGAACGCUGAGGAGAUAUGUAACGUGUACUGCCUGCACUUACUCAACCACAUAGUCAAGUCAAGAGAGAUUGUGUUAAAACACAACACCAUGCUGUCCAAGGAUAAUACUCUGGAUACUGAGACAAUGAGAGAUCAAGGCCUCACUAGGCCACGCAUCCUGGUUGUAGUCCCAUUCCGCAAUGCCGCCCUCCGUAUUGUUAAUACCUUCAUCAAGCUGUUGCUGGCAGCAGACAGUCAGAACUUAGGUCGGAGGAAACGCUUCAGUGAUGAGUAUGGAGAGGCAGAGGAACGCCCACCGAGUAAGCACCCAAUGCCAGAGGACUGGGAGUCCACCUUUGCUGGCAACACCGACGAUCACUUCAGGAUAGGUCUGGCAAUCACUCGUAAACGACUCCAGCUGUACACAAACUUCUACAUGUCCGACAUCAUUAUUGCAUCACCGCUAGGCCUGAGAACCCUCAUCGGAACCAAGGGGGAGAAACAUCAAGACUAUGACUUCUUGUCCUCCAUUGAAUUACUCAUCAUGGAUCAGACUGAUGUGUUUCUCAUGCAGAACUGGGAGCAUAUCAUGCAUCUGAUGGAGUACAUGCAUCUGCAGCCCAGAGAUUCUCACGGCGUAGAUUUCUCAAGACUCAGAGAGUGGACGCUGAAUGGAUGGAGUAAGUACUACCGACAGACGCUGAUCUUCAGCUGUAUAACCACUCCAGAGAUCAAUUCACUAUUCAACAAGCAUUGUGCUAAUUUGGCCGGCAAGGCCGUGGUGUACAACCCUCCAGUAACAGGCUCCAUUUGCCAAGUAAUUACACAGCUGCCGCAGGUGUUCCAUCGGAUAGAGUGCCAGAGUUUUAUGGAGGAGCCAGACAAGAGAUUUGACUUCUUUGUGUCGAAGAUCUUGCCUCGGUACCAGGAUCCUACGAUGGUGGGUACACUGAUCUAUAUCCCCAGCUACUUUGACUUUGUUCGACUUCGUAACCACUUCCGCAAGGAGGAAAUUCAUUUUGCACAGAUAUGCGAGUACACCAGUCAGCCCAACAUCUCUCGAGCCAGACUCUACAUUGCCAACAGAUCCAGGCAUCUGCUACUGUUCACAGAACGUUUCUAUUACUUCAGAAGGCUCAAGAUAAAAAAAAUCCACAAUAUCAUCUUCUAUCAGCUUCCAAGCCAUCCUCAGUUCUACAGCGAGCUGUGCAACAUGCUGCAACUUCUGCAAGGUGCUGCCGAGCACAACUGCAGCAUCCUGUACACACACUACGACGCCCAGAGACUGGCCGCAGUUGUCGGGUCCACUCGUUGCAGACACAUGCUGUCCUCGGACAAAGACGUGCACUUGCUGGUCACCGGAGCAGACAGCUAAUAGAGGGAGCCCGAGGGAGUUACAGCACCUUCAUGGGAGAAAAAAGUUGACCCUUGAUGGCAGAUGAGGCAUCACGAAGUUCAGGAAAUCUGGCAUGGGCCUCAGUGUCAUGAGAGGGUUGCUCAUUACUGAAAGAUAUCGGUCUCAUGUAGAUAUGCAGCACCAGGCAGGUUUUAAAGUUCCUGCUAUGAUAAAGAAAACAGUGCUAUUGGAAGAUGUUUUGUGUUCUUUCUGGGCCCACUUACACUGGUGAAUUGGUUAUCUAGGAGCCAGUGUUGGAGGCAGCAAACAGGUGAUGUACUAGCUGUGAGCUCUGGUUCAUCGGGCUUGGUUUAAUGUGCAGUGUGUUUGUUACAUCAGCAAUCAGUUGACAGAAACUCAAGUCCCAGCCAUGAUAUCACAGAUCUUUUCAUACCCUUAGUUAAAUGGACGAGAAAAUACUUAUGCACAAGAAAGUAAGUAUACAGUUUGUUUAUAGUGAAGAAUGCCUUUUAAACAUUGGAUUGGUGUCAAUAUGGUAUGCAUGUGACUUCCCAAUGGUUUAAAUGUUUCAGGAAAACAGCAGGCUACCACUGCUUUAAUCAGGCAGGCGUUUUCCCCUAAAAUCACUGUAUUUCUAUUUGUAAUUCAGUUUUCCCUUUUUCUCACAAUUGAUCUCCAUUUGUGUUUAAUUCUUCAUGUCUACUGUAUGAUGGUACUUACUUUGAGAAAACUCAACACACUGUACCUGCCAGCUCUGUGAUUGUUUGGUACUUACUUUUCAUUCACAUGCACCUUAAAUAGUGCCUCAGUACAGGAUUUGUGAUGCAAGAUUCAAACUAGUUUUUGAAAUUUAUGUUAUCUAUUCAUGAGAAUAAGUGGGCGUGUUUGAGCAUGCUGCACAUGUUCACACGAGUGUACUUCUGAGCACACAAAUGGCAAGAGUGCAACCCGCGGACCGGGGACAAUACACUCUCACUGGAGCACAUUCUUGAUCUGAUAGUAAAGUGCAUGCACCAUAUUUCUGCACUCGGGAGUCAACACAAGUAGCACACGCGAAUGCUUCCACUAGUUCUGUGAACCACGAAGACUUGGAGCGCACUGAAAAGUAUCUGCCUUGUUUGGACAAGACGACGGUACUGAAGAUCUGUGAGCAUUUGUUAUAUUCAGCUUGCAGUGAUGCGAUUUCUCAGAAAUUGUCAGGAUUGAUACUAAAAAUUCCAGUUUCAGAGGUUAAUCAGUUUGCUGCCCUCAAAAUUUGUUUUUGUAAAAACACUAAAGAGAGAGAUUGAUAUCAUCAUAGCCAUGAUAGAGAGAACUCAUGCUUUAACUAUUAAAAGCCAUAGAAGUCACUGUUUUUAUUAUCAUUGUUUCAGCCCCUAUGCUGGACGACUUUUCUCCAUCCCCCAAUCUCAGCCCCAAAUAUGAAAUGAAAGCUGACUACAUGGUAGCUACUUGAUCCCCCUUUCCCUAUCUCUCAAAAGAUACACUGUACAGCUUGGGAAGUUUACUUGUAUGGUUAAAAAUUAUCUAUUUUUCAAAGAUCACAAUAAAUUUGACGGCUCAAAAAGAAUGAAACGGGUUCAGUUUUCGUGAAAUUUGUCACAGACACAACAUUUUUAAUUGCAUUUAUAUAGUUACAAUCAAGUGCAGAAAAUUUCAUUUCAGUCACUUUUCAAACAGAUGGACAGGUGCUUAAAUAAUUCAUACAUCUCAUUUUGCAUUGCUGUUGCAUAAGGCAGUCAAAACACAUCUACACACAAAAGACAAGCAGAGCUCCUGAAACUGUCAACUGCUGGCACCGUCACAUAAAAAGCCCAUGCACUGAUGACGUAAUGCUUUGUUUACAGUAUGCUUUCCUAUGGUGCUUUGAAUCCAUCGUCUCCAACUGGUUCCCAUACGAAAGCACUCCUGUAAAUCAGUGUAUCAUCAACAGUACAUAAGCCUACAGUGGAGUCUUCUCAGGAUUUUGACAACUGCAAAACCUUCAAUGUUCAACAGCUACUUUUGAACAUCUGACGGUGCGCGACGACAUACUCACUCUUACUCACUGAUGUCAUCAUUCUACUUUGGUUUAUAGAAGUACAUUAUUUGUGGAAAUGCUUUGCCUUACCUAAAAUAAUAUGGCCAUUAACCUUUUUUCAUGCAAAGAAGUUACGGAAAAAUUAACAGUUGACGGUAAAUGGAGAUAUCAUUACAUGUACUUCUAUCAAUAUGAUUUCUUGCAGAUGUACAUGGGAAUAUCACUGCAUGGAAAGCCAUUGUUAAUAACCAGUGAUAAGCUUUUAAAGCAUCAAUGACUUGAGGUCUUCCCGACCCUCCCCUAUAAAAGAUACUUUAAAAAUUAAACAAGGAAGAUUUUGAAAUGUUACAAAUUCUCAUUACAUGUAGAAAUAACACAGCUAAGUCUUGGUGUUAACACAGCAACCUACGCAUUACAAUUAGGAUCUCUUGCAUUCCAAAAGAAACUUUCAUUUUGUGGCAAAAAUGUCCUGUUCAGGGAUUAUGUAAAUUAUAGUAAUACUGGGUUUGGCAUUUAGAGAGAUCCAUCAUCAGUCCUGUAUGCUCUGAACUUUUCAAAGAGUGGGAGAAAAACUUCACAAUGCUGAGACUUGAAUGCAUGACCUCUUGUUUUCCAGUGCAGGUGACUUGCCCUUCAGCCACCAAGCUUGGAGGGGUCUGGUAGCCAGUUCGAACCCAAACCAAUCCUCAAUGGCAACUCCUGCUUGGUACAUGUGUGACCCAACUUCAAAAAGAUGAGCCGCAAGUUACUAGAGCCACUUCUGAGCUGAAGGCAUUUUUAAAAAUGUAACAACAGAGGGUUUGCAUGGCUGCCAUCCUGCAGGCCAGUGUUUUUUCUUUACAGGAUAUGCCCAAAGGAGAUUCCCAUGUGCAACAAAAGAAGUGCCCUACAGGAUGGCUUCCAUGCAAAGCCUCUAUAUCAGCUCAACAUUUUUUCAUCCAAAUAAUGUCAAUUUUUCAUCAAGAUGCCAAAUUGAGUGAUAAAUCAAAACAAAUAGCUCAGUUGCUCUUUCUGAUGCAAACAUGACAAAAUUACUGAAAAAUAGCCCGAAGACUACUUCUGGGAUUCUGGUUACGUAUCGGAUCGAACUGGCCAGAUGCGUCCAAAAUCUUGGUGGCUGAGUGAGCAGGUAUUUGUACUGCAACUCCUAUUUCGGAGGUGGUGAGUUCAAGCCCCACCUGUGUAAGCUCGUGAAUUCUAUCCUUACAAUUCUUACUAUUCUUAGUUCUUGCAAUGCUCUGAGCAUAGAUGGCUAACAUCGGUGAAAAGCAGAACCUGGUAUUUAACCCCACUAGCCCAAAACACCCUGGGGUUGAUGUAAAAAAAUCAAAUUGUACACGUGGAUCCGAUCUUUGACAACUGUUCUGAUUUUCAUCUCUAAAAAGAAUAUUGAUGCAAGUAGUGCAGCUUAAAACACUGGCUGUGAACAGGUUUGGAAAAGUUUUUACUUCAAUGAAUGUAUCUUUAAACUGCAUAAGCAAUACAGUACAACACCCAUGGAGCAGUCUCUGUAAGGGGGAAGUACAGACUUUAUCUAAACCCCUGUAUUGCAUAUAGAUAUCUCGCUCUAUCUGCCCCGAGUUGAAGUGCACUCCCAUGCGGCAAAAGAAAGACAGUUGGGAGUAAGAUUUCCAAGUGGGUUCUUG